AUGAAGGCCGAGAAGGCUGCGGCGGCCGCCGCCGCCGCCCAAGCCGAGGAGCCUGCUCCCGCGCCGGCAGCGGAGCCUCCGGCGGCCGAGGCGAAGCCAGCGCCGGCAGUGGAACCUGCGGCGGCCGAGGCAAAGAAGGAGACUCCCAAAGAGCGGCUGGCGCGCAUCAAGGCGGAGAAGGCAGCGGCGGCGGCAAAGGAGGAUGCACCAGCAGCGGCCGAGCCCGCUGAAGAUCCGCCGGCUCCUCCUUCAGCGGAGGAGGCUGCUGCGGGAGCCGAAGACCCCGCUCCCGCUCCGGCUCCAGAGGACACGAUCGACGAGUCCAAGGCUGCCGAGCCUCCCGCCGAGCCGCCUGCGGAGGCGGCGGCGGCGGGUGAGGGCGGCCCGGCGGCGCCCGACGACGGCGGGGGAGACCCUGGCGAUGGAGUGGCAGCAGACGACGCGUCCGACGAGGCGGUGGCGCCUGAGGCGGCGGCAGCGCCAGCGGCGGCGGAGGCGGAGGCGGCGGCGGAGGCGGCGGAGGCGGCGGAGGCGGCGGAGGCGGCGGAGGCGGCGGUGGCGGCAGCGGCGGAGGAGGAGGAGGAGGAGGAGGAGGAGGCGGGGGCUGCUGCGGAGGCGUCGGCAGCCGAUGGCGCGGCGGAAGCGGAGGGGGAGGCGGAAGCGGGGGAAAUGGCGGCGGCGGCGGCGGCGGAGGAGGAGGAGGAGGAGGAGGCGGCGGCGGGGGAGGCGGCGGCGGCGGGGGAGGCGGCGGCGGCGGGGGAGGCGGCGGCGGCGGACACGGAGGCGGGCGGGCAGGGUGCGGAGGUGGAAAGCGGCGUCUCUUCUCCGGCGGCGGCGAACGCCCUCGCAGGCAUGCUGGACGCGGUCGGCUCGUCCUCCGAGUCGGAGACGCUUGUCGGCGCGGUCCGGCCGCUGCGGCAGUCGUACCACGCUGUGGAGAGCUCCCGCUCAAGCCUCGGCGACGCGCGCGAGGAGGCGGAGGGCUGCGCCGGCAGCGUCGAGGGCGAAGAGAAGGCGGCUCACGACGCGGAGUUCGCGCUGCUGGCGCCGGUGCAGCUGCCAAAGGAGAUGCUGGUGCGCAGCGAGGGGGCGGCGACGGAGCUGCACCAGACGGUGUGGGGGCGCGUCGAGGGCCCCCCGUCGCGCAAGUCUUGGUUCGGGAAGAAGCAGCACGUCGUCAAGCCGGUGCCGAACCAGAACCGCGUCUUGCGGGCGGACGCGGAGGCGGAGGCGGCGCGCAGGGCGGCCGCCGAGGCGGCGCGGGCCGCCGCGGCGAAGGCAGAGGCGGAGCGCUUAGCGGCCGAGGAGGCGGCGCGAGUCGCGGCCGAGGAGGCGGAGGCGGAGAGGCUUGCGGCCGAGGCAGCGGCGGCCGCACCGGCACCGGCCGCGACGCCGCCAAGGCCGCGGCGCGGCUGGUUCCCGUGGUCCCGCCACCCCGAGACGCCGGGCGAGGCGUCUCCAGCUCCGGCCGCCCCGGAGGCGGAGGGGGCGGCCGGGGCAGAGGCGGAGGCGGGUCGCGGCAAGUCCGCGCUCGGCGCGCGCUCGACUUACGCAGAGAUGCGCGACCAGGACGAGGAGGAGGAGGAGGAGGAGGCGGCGGAGGAGGGUGGGGAGCAGGCCGCCGCCCCGGCUGCGGCCGUGCUGCCGCCCACGUUCGCCGACAAGGUGCGCGCCGUUUGCGACACGCUCGGCGUCGACAAGUCGUUGCCCACGCCGGCGGCGCUGCGGGCGUGCAAUGAGGCUGUCGGCGUCGUCGGCACGGCGAGCGUCGGUCCAAUCAUCGGCCAGAAGUAG